GGCGGAGGAUGCGGGAGAGCACGUGGUUGUCGCUGCUCUUGCUGCUGCUGCUGCCCGCGCCGCUGUGGGGCGACCCCGGGGACGGUCGUCCGGAGCCCGAGCCUGAACCUGAGCGCGGCCGUCUGCAGCCCUUCGACCUGCUCUACGCCAGCGGCGUGGCUGCCUACUACAGCGGCGAUUACGAGCGUGCGGUGCGCGACCUGGAAGCCGCGCUGCGCAGCCACCGGCGCCUGCGAGAUGUCCGUGCGCGCUGCGCCCGCCACUGCGCGGCUCGCCGCCCGCUCGCGCCCCCCGGCGCCGGCCCGGGAGCCGAGCUGCCCUUCUUCCGAGCGCUGCUGGAGAGGGCGCGCUGCUCUCGGAGCUGCCAGCGCCAGCGCCUGGGGGGACCGGAGUCCCGCCACCGCGUCAGCGAGGACGUGCGCAGCGACUUCCAACGCAGAGUGCCUUACAACUACCUGCAACGGGCCUAUAUCAAGCUGAACCAGCUGGAAAAGGCCAUGGAAGCAGCUCACACGUUCUUCAUGGCCAACCCUGAGCACAUGGAAAUGCAGCAGAGCAUAGAGGACUACAGAGUGACGGCAGGGGUGCAAGCCGCCCAGCUGGUAGACAGAGAAGCCAAGCCUCACCUGGAGAGCUAUAAUGCAGGAGUUAGACAUUAUGAGGCUGAUGACUUUGAAGCAGCAAUCAAGUAUUUUGAACAAGCUUUAAGAGAAUAUUUCAAUGAAGACAUGGACUGCCGCGCUCUAUGUGAGGGGCCUCAGAGAUUUGAGGAUUAUGAGUACUUAGCAUACAAAGGUGGUCUUUAUGAGGCGAUCGCAGAUCACUACAUGCAGGUUCUGGUCUGCCAGCAUGAGUGUGUGCGGGAACUCGCCACCCGCCCAGGCCGCCUCUCACCAAUCGAGAACUUUCUUCCCUUGCACUACGACUACCUCCAGUUUGCCUACUACAGAGUUGGUGAAUAUGUGAAAGCCUUGGAGUGUGCCAAAGCCUACCUGAUGUUCCAUCCAGAUGAUGAGGAUGUCCUGGAUAACGUAGAUUACUAUGAGAGCCUGCUGGAUGACAGCAUUGACCCGGCAUCCAUCGAGGCUCGAGAGGACUUAGCAGCAUUUUUCAAACGUCAUAAACUUGAAUCUGAACUGAUCAACUCAGCUGCAGAGGGCGUGGGAUUUUUAUAUUCUGAACCGAAUUACUGGGUCAGUUACGGAGGACGGCAGGAUGAGAACCGGAUCCCUUCAGGAGUGAACGUGGAGAGGGCAGAAGUUUAUGGAUUGUCUAUGGGGAAGAAGUCACCACCCAAGAUAGGUCGAGACCUAAGAGAAGGUGGCCCUCUGCUCUAUGAGAACAUCACCUUCGUCUACAACUCCGAACAGCUGAACGGGACUCAGCGGGUUCUCCUGGAUAAUGUGCUGUCAGAAGAGCAAUGCCGGGAGCUGCACAGCGUGGCCAGUGGAAUCAUGCUGGUUGGUGAUGGGUACCGAGGGAAAACGUCACCGCAUACACCCAAUGAGAAGUUUGAAGGAGCAACUGUCUUGAAAGCACUCAAAUUUGGUUAUGAAGGCCGAGUGCCGCUCAAGAGCGCCCGUCUGUUCUAUGACAUCAGCGAGAAGGCUCGGAAGAUUGUAGAGUCCUACUUCAUGCUGAACUCAACCCUGUAUUUUUCCUAUACACACAUGGUCUGCAGAACAGCCCUGUCUGGCCAGCAGGAUAGAAGAAGUGACCUCAGCCAUCCCAUCCAUGCCGACAACUGCCUGCUGGAUCCAGAGGCCAACGAGUGCUGGAAGGAGCCUCCUGCGUACACUUUCCGGGAUUAUAGCGCUCUCCUGUACAUGAAUGAUGACUUUGAAGGAGGAGAAUUCAUCUUCACCGAAAUGGAUGCUAAAACGGUGACUGCCUCUAUAAAGCCGAAAUGUGGGCGAAUGAUCAGCUUCUCAUCUGGUGGUGAGAACCCUCACGGGGUGAAGGCAGUCACCAAAGGCCAGCGCUGUGCUGUGGCGCUGUGGUUUACCCUAGACCCUCUAUACAGAGAGCUGGAGCGGAUACAGGCUGAUGAAGUGAUUGCCAUCCUGGAUCAAGAACAGCGUGGGAAGCAUGGACUGAAUAUUAACCCCCGAGAUGAGCUAUAGAAAAGAGAGUGUUCUAUUGACUAUUUAUUUAAAUUGAUAAUCUUA